AAUAAUCCUUUCAAGCAAAUGGCUUGGCUGGCAUUUGGCAUGUCUCACUUUUGCAAAAAUCCAAAAUUUUAUGUUUGAAAUCUCUUAUCUCUUACAUAUAUAAAGACAGUGGAAGAAUUUUGACUGUUCAUUUUUUAAUUUAAUGAACAGUUUGCAUUCAGUAUGUGACACAUGCCCCUGCUUGCAACGAGAUCAUUCAAGCGAAUCAUCAAUUCAAGGCUACCCAAAUCAUCACGGACACUCGGACAGGGAAGAUCCUUGGGCGUGGUACUGAGCAAGGAGGUCUGUAUUAUGUGGACAAGGAAACUCACAAGGGUCAUACUUUGCUUACUCACGGGUCGGACGAACAGCAAAUGUGGAUGUGGCAUAGGCGUCUAGGUCACCCCUCACAAGGGUUGUGAAACAACUGUGAAGGUCAGGCUGGGGAUGUGGAUAGUGCCAUUGUAACUUGUAGCCUGGACGUGCAAUUGGUAAUAUGGUAUAUCUUUAUUGUCAACAACUUAUAUGUGUGACUUUAAAAGCUAAGUUGAUAUGAAUAAAUGAUGUUUUGUAAUCGCUAAUAUAUGAAAUGGUAGGUUGAAAGGUAUAUAAUUAGUUAAGUGGCGCUAUUAUAUUCCUACUUGUAUUAGCUGAUUGAAUGAAUUAGAGGCUAUUCCCAUAAUAUUGCCAAACUAAAAAAUAAUUCCCAAUUUCCUUAAAAUGGGAAAGUAAUUCCCACUCUACCGUCCACGUAGGAUUUUUACGAAAUUUUUUUUUUUUUUUUUUUAUUAAUAUAACCGCUACCUCAGGUAGCGGUUUUGUUUAGGGAGUCUAAGCAAACCGCCAGAUCAAAUAGCGGUUUGGUGUUUUUAUAUUUUUUUUUUUUAAAAAAAAAAAAAAAAUAGGGUAAACCGCCACUUGAAGUGGCGGUUUUGUAGCAGUACAAAACAGCAGCUUCGAGUUGUUCACUUCAUUUCUUAUUCCGCUUUGCAUCUUCGUGGCUGCUGCUCUUCCUUCAAAUUUUCUUCACUCUCAUUUACUUCAAAUAUUCAAUUUCUCUCAUUCAAGUAAACUAAUCAACUACAUUCUCUUCCUUUCCUUGUGUAGUAGAUCAUUUUCAUCCUCAUUUAAGGUAUGAAUAACAACCCUAAUUUUUUUUCAAUAUGCAAAUUGUUUUUUUGUUCAUUAUUGUUGUCAAUUGAAGUUAUAAAUACGUUGAUUGUUUGUUGCAUUCUCUUGUUCUCAUGAUAUAAGCUUACAUUUUACACAUUUGUAGUUGAAUUUUAGGUUUUGGUUUGUAUGCAUAUAAAGUGUUUGAUAAUAUGCUUCAAUGAAAGUUUAUUACUUUGUAUUUGCAGAAUAUGGAUCAUUAUCCCGUUAUAGUGUAUUGGGGUGGGGAAGUAAGUUAUACUGGAUCCGAUGUUGGGUAUAAUGGAGGAUUAAAUACAGUGAUGUUUAUCCAUCGUCAAAAUACGACUUUUGAGGUGUUUGUUAGCAAAGUCUAUGAUGUAAUUAGUUGUGAUCGCAACUCUUUUAUGUUAAAAUUGGAGAUGAAAUAUCCGGUGACUGGGAAAAAUGUGUUAGUCCCGAUUAAGAAUGAUGAAAGCAUAAGUGCUCUUGCUUAUGCGGCAUCACAAGCCCCUGGAACGGCAAUGGAGGUUUAUGUUGAAUUGGUUGCAAAUUUGGAUAAUGCGAGGGAAGUCAUGACUAGCAUGGAACUUCCAGAAUCAGGUCCUAGUGUACGCCAUGAUACAUUCACAGAAAUGUUAAGUAACCCGAAUUACGUUAGUGAGCACUUGGAUGAGAUUACCUCCCCAACUCAUUCACGUGGCAUUGGUGGUGGUGUAAUGAACACCUUUUCCACGAGUCACUUUGGUAGCCUUAAUGCGAACGAGGUUGACUCUUUAGAUCAGGAGGAUGAGCAUAUUGAUUCUGAUUCAGAAGAGGAUGAUGAAAGAAGAGAAGCUCUAGAUGCAGCGAUUAGAGAUGGUGCUCCAUCUCAAGAUUGGCUUAGAAUUGAUGAGGUUGAUCAAAGAUUGAUUGAUGCAUGGAUGACCUGGAACGAUGAUAACUCCAUGAAUGAAAAUGGAGACUUUAGGAUAGGACAAGAGUUUAGCUCUUUAGACCAUCUUAAGAAGAAUGUUAAAGCAUGGACGAUUUCUAAUAAUAGAAACUUCCGUGUAAUUGAGUCGGAGCCUUCAAAGUACGUUAUCCAAUGCACUAAUGCGGAGGAUAUAGGUUGUGAAUGGAGGAUGCGAGCUGUUAUGACCGCAACGGGAUCUUUUAAGAUUGUGCGAUAUAAGGGUCAUAUUCAAGAUUGCUCAGUACAUUAUAGUGACGACCAUCCCCUCCUUACUUCUGAAUUUGUUGCUGAUCUUAUCGUGGAUAUGAUUAGAGUUGAUCCAGCGUUUAAGGUGAGGUCAAUCGUUAAUUUUGUAAAAAGUAAAUACGGAUUUGUUAUAACAUAUAAGAGAGCUUGGUUGGCCAAGAAUAAGGCUAUAACAAAAGUGUUUGGGGAUUGGGAUAAGUCCUUUGAGGAGCUUCCAAGGUACCUGCAGGCAUUAUUGCAAUCUAAUCCAAGAACAGUGGUACAAUGGGAAGUCCGACCGACAAUGGAUCCCACCAAAGUGAUGUUUCAGCGAAUUUUCUGGGCUUUCGGACCAUCCAUUAAGGGUUUUUCCCACUGUCGUCCCCUCAUUUCUAUAGAUGGUACACAUUUGUACGGAAAGUACAGAGGCACACUUAUGAUUGGUAUGUCCAUAGAUGCAAAUUCUCAGUUGUUCCCACUUGCCUUUGCCGUUGUGGAGGGAGAGAGCAACGACUCAUGGAGUUGGUUCUUGGAUUGUAUAAGGCAUUAUGUCACUAAGAGGGAUGGCUUAUGUGUUAUAUCUGAUCGUCACAGGGGAAUUUUGCAUGCAAUGAACAGAGUUGGAAAACGUUGGGAAGAACCAUACGCAUUCCAUCGGUUUUGUAAACGUCAUCUAGCUUCAAACGUGCAUAAGAAGUUUAAAAACAUAGCGGUUAAGAACUUAUUUGGAAAAGCUUCUGAACAGACAAAGAUUCGGAAGUAUAAUUUCUACAUGAAUCGCCUUAAAGAGCUUAAUGAGGACGCGUACAAGUACUUAGUGGAUGGUUCUAUUCCCGAGCGCCAAUGGACUUUGAUUCAUGACGGUGGGCAUCGAUAUGGAGUGAGAACUACAAACAUGUCUGAAGCGUUCAACGGCGUUAUGAAAGGGGCAAGGUCACUCCCAAUCACUUCAUUAGUUAGGAUGACAUUCUACCGGGUAAACGAAUACUUUGCCACAAGGAGGGAUUUAGGGAGAAGCAGAUUAAACAGUGGACAUGUGUAUGCGAAGAAACCAAGUGAUACGAUUGAUAAGAAUGCUGAAAAAGCACGCUUUCAUGAUGUUAGGAUAUAUGACACAGUACGUGGGAUAUUCGAGGUCACCACUGGUUGUGGCAACAGGAUAGCAGGAAAAGGUGGAAAAUCCUACAUGGUUGACCUCACAGCAACGUCAUGCACAUGUCAGAAACCAACCAUCUUCAAGUUACCGUGCUCACAUGUUCUUGCAGUAUGUCGAGCUCGUAACAUAUCGUACGAUGCUUUUGUGGACCCUUCAUUUCGCACUACAAAAUACGUAUCCACAUAUAAGAAGUCUUUCAUGCCCGUUCCAGACAUGUUCACUUGCGAUCCUUGGAAUGGUCCUACAGUUGUUCCAGAUCCCUCAACGAAGCGUGCAAAGGGUCGUCCGCGAUCAACUCGUAUACGGAACGAAAUGGAUGCACCGUUGACGCGUCCUCGUAACUCGUGCACCUUUUGUGGAUGUAGUGGUCAUAAUAAGAAAACAUGCCCUCGAAGGUCAACAAAUGAUCAUGGCGAUGCCGGGCCCAGUAGCGGAGGUUGACGAGUUCAAACCAUCUCAUCGACCAGUGCGCAAAACAACAGGGGUCGGGAUUGUAGUUUAACAAACUUUGUAUAUUCUUAUAUGACUUCAACUUCUUGUAUGAGUUUCCAUAAUUGUAAUAUAUCUUUGCAUUGGUUUCAUAAUUAUUUUUUUCAAAACAAGCCGGUUUGUAAUUGAUUACUAUGGAAUAGAUGGUAUUGAACUAGUUUAAUGCAUGUUGCGUUCACUAUUUUAAAAUAAAAGAAAAAGAAAAUAAAUUAAGGCAAACAAAAAAAAAAAAAAAAAAUUAAAAUCACAAGCAAACCGCCACAUGAAGUGGCGGUUUACCUGGACCAAACCGUCACAU